AUGGAGAAGCAACACCCUGUCCCACUCUCCUCUGAGGAGAUUUUGGCCCUCAAUCGCUCUGAGGGCCUUGCCGAUUACGAGGGCUGGAGACAAGCCGUAGCACAGUUCAACCAGCAGGGUGGUAAGCACACAGCUACCACCACCAGGGCCACAACUAGCCCUGGGAUCCCCCUCGGUGAGAGCGUCUUGACCUCAAAGACUGCCACUCCACCUGGUGCCCCAACCAUUAAUCUGAGCCAGCCCCCCGUUAACGCAGCUGGGGAAAACCACAUACUCUCAACAUGCAAGUCUGAUGACCCCAGCGCAAAGGAAAGGCUCAGGGAGAACACCAAGCGCCUUGUAGACUCCGGUGUUGCUAAGAAGCUGAGCAUCGACCGCACCGUUGGUUCCUCUAUCUUCGAGAGAACCGAGAUCCCAGAUUUUUUUGAUGCCGAUACCAAUACCGAGGCCAAGCAAAAGCGUGCGCAGGCCGCCCAUGCGCUCUACUUGGACGCAAUUGCAGCAGUCGACAAAAUCAUUGAAAAGCGUUCUUAA